AUGGUCAAAAAACAUUUGAGCAAAUGCCAACAUACUAUCUUCAACAUUUUGAAAAUGUCAGAAAAUCCACCCAUCUUCAAUCCAAGACAUCAAAGUCGACAUACAGAACGAGCGAACGGUCGUAUUGAUUUGGAAGCCCCCUGCGCGCCCUGGAGUGCUCAGAUACAAGAAUUUCGCUUAACUUUUUUUUUAUUCUUCGAGGGCCUCAGCGUAACUGCUGAACCUCUGGUCCCUACGCCUCUGAAUAUUGACUACGUGGGCAUCCGACACGACACUGUUGUCGAUCCGUUGCAGCAGAUCCUUGUUGAAAAACAUGAACAGAGAUAUCAGAUGGAAGGGUUGAUUCCGAAAAUAACGUACAACGUCAGCAUCACAGCAUACUUCGUGGACAAAACUUGGGGCAGACCUUUUCAUUAUCAGUUUCUGACGACAAGGAUGCACCGGAUUCAGGUUUUUCAAAUCCGGCCGGGGCCGGACUUGGCCGGAUUUAAAAUUCAAAAACCGGCCGGGGCCGGGGCCGGAGCCGGGGCCGGAUUUUAG